CCUUCACUCAUUCCCUCAUUUCUUGCUCAAACUCAUUUCAAGUUCCUUCCAUCAUAGUCUCUUUCUUUACCUUUCUAUACCUUCUCAAUUCCCAACAAUAAAUCCAAAUGGCUCUUAGUUUUAUUGGGAAACCAAUUUCCCUAAUUUCUCAUUCUGAUGUUCGUUAUCGUGGUAUUCUAGCUGGUAUCGAUCCAGCUGCAUCGACUAUACAGUUGUCGAAAGUGUAUUCUAUGGGAACUGAAACUCGAAGACCCCCCAACGAUUUCAUUCCUCCAGUUCAAGACCCGUACGAAUACAUCAUCUUCCGUGCUUCAGAAGUGAAGGACUUAUCCGUCGACGAGCCCGCAAUGGUUCGGAGCGUUCAUGAUGAUCCUGCGGUGAUUGGGGCGGGCUCAGCACAACCCCAACCCCAACCCUCACAACAAGCUGCAUAUUCCUCGUUCGUUGGCGGGCAAGUGUCAGCUUCAACAUACGUUCAACAGCAGCAGCAAGCUCAACAACGUGCUCAGCAACCCCAAGUUCUCCCCCAGCAACAACCUCCUCGACAACAACCAUCAGCUACACCCGUUACCAUCAGUGCGGGCGCAGGUGCGGCACGCAACCAACCACCACGCCGAGGCAGCAACAACGUCCACACGGCCGCAGCCUCUCUCGAAACCGUCGAGCGAGCUCUCGGUGAUUUGAGAGUAUCUAACAACGUUCACGCCAUUAGAGGAGGAGGAGGAAGACGAGGAGGCAACUCCCACGUCGCACCUAAACCAAUCCACGUGCCCAACACAGAUUUCGAUUUCCAAAGCAGUAACGCGAAAUUUGACAAACAUGCUGUGGGAGGGGCAGGCGCAAAAAGCGCUGGUGCUGAUGGUGGUGACAAUGGAUCGGAUUCGGAUGGGGAGACGAAUCCUAGUGAAGAAGGGGAGGAAAACGAUAAGGGCAAGGGCAAGGUUAAGGAGAGUACGGCUUAUCAUCCGCAGAAGUCGUUCUUUGAUGAACUUACGCCUGGACCUGUUGAGCUUCGUGGUGGUGGUGGAGGUGGGAGGGGAAGAAGGGGAGGUGGGCCUGGAGCGAGGAAUAGGAGGGAGGAGGAGAGGGAGAGGAAUGUUGCUACGUUUGGCGAACCUGGGGGUGUUGGGCUUAUGGGACCUGGCGCGUAUGUUGGUGGUUGGGGAGGGUAUGGUAGACGCGGUGGUGGACGUGGUGGAAUCCGCGGUGGUCGAGGACGAGGACGAGGUGGUCCUUCUGUCGGUGUUGGUGCAUGAGCGUAUUGGCCAGCCAUCAUUCCAUCGUCGUUAAGCUCAGAUAUAGCAAAGUAAUCACCUGUAGUAUCAUUAUGGCAAUCGCGUGCUGUCGCAUUUCAACUUUCCUGG